AUGGCUACCGCCACUCCCCGGUUUGCGGAAGGCCAAGACCCGCACCAGCUCGGACAGGACACCCAGGCUCUGCUGCAGGCCGGCUGGGCGCUGGACGCCGACGCCAUUGGCUUGACCAAGACAUUUUAUUUCAAGAGCUACUUCAAGGCGGUGUCGUUUGUGAAUCUGAUUGCCUCGGAAAGCGCGGUUAAGAAGCACCAUCCGACCAUAACCGUUCGUAUCGGCUCGGUGGAUGUCCACUGGACGACGCAUCACCCGCGCGGCCUAACGGUCCAGGACACGGCAAUGGCCCGGCAUUGCGACCAGGGAGCAGCGCUGAUGAGGGCCGUGGAAGCCGGACAGGGACAGAAAUGUUGA